CAAAAAAUCUAGCGGUGAAUUGCCUAAAGGCGGAAACUUCAAAUAGCUAAGGGAAAUUACUCUACAUCGUCUCUGAAGUAAAGAAAAAGAAAAUUGACAUGAAACAACACCGAUAUAUUCUAUGAAAAGCUUUUUAAAAAAUGGUUCUUACACCUACUAUGGCUGCUGAAAGUACAGAAAGUGAGGGAAAAUCUGGAUUUGACUCGUCAGAUGAGGAAGAAGGAGAACUUGACCUGUCACCUUUUACAUUGUCAUGGUUAGAACUUGGUACUGGAGAUGGGCUGGACAAACUUGGCAUCAGUGGACUACCUGGAUGUAAAUUUAAAGAUACCUGGAGAAGCCUUGAGAAUGAUAUCAAAUGCCUAAAGUCAGAAGGGGUAGAUGAGGUGUUUUCAUUGUGUACAAAGGGAGAGUUAAACAAGUAUCGUGUUCCAUGGUUACUCAAUGAAAUGACAGGUGCCGAUAUUGUUGUACAUCAUUAUCCGUUCCCAGACGGACAGACUCCAAACAUGCCAAGUCUGCUGAAAAUGGUUGAUGAGAUACAAGUGUCAGUCCGUAAUGGAAGAAAACCUUUGGUGCAUUGUUUUGGUGGAUUAGGACGGUCUUGCUUGGUUGCAGUGUGUGCUAUGUUGGUGGUAGAUGAAAGUUUGGAACCACAAAAAGCUAUAGAUAAAAUCAGAGAGUUAAGAGGACCAGGGGCUAUACAGUCAGUGAAGCAAUACAAUUAUGUUUGCGAUUUCCGACAAAUAUAUGAAGAAUACAAAAGAGAGAAUGAGACGGAGGCAAGGUCAAUCUCAAGGUGACAUCGUCCAAUUAGUUCUGGAAAAGAAACAUUAUUUAUUAAAGUGCUCAACAUCAUAUAUUUUUAAAAUAAUAGCUUUUGCGUCUUGCUUAUAAAUAUGACAAUUUGCUUGGCUUACAUGGAAUAAUAUUAAUGAAAUGACUGCAUAACUACUUGUACUCAUGGUGUUAUCAUUUUCAUUUAUUUACUAAAGUAAACGUUUUGGAUGUAUCCAUAAUUACCAACAUUCACAGGGGAGAAUUGCUUGAGGGAGGGUAAAAAAGUAAUGCAGUUUUUCUGAAGUGAUAUUAAAAUGAAAUUAUUCUCUUUAUUUAUUGAAUGAGUGAAAAUAUAUUGAGUUUUAGGUAACAGCCAGAUUACUGUUGACAUUCUGAACUCAUAUUUACGUUUGUGCAGUGCAUGUUUAAUAUACUAUUUAUACCUUUAAUAUUUAUGAAAAAGUGUGUUUACACUUAGUUACAUGUAAUGUUAUUUAUUUAAAUUAGACAAAAUCUCCCAUUUAGGAGAUGUUCAGUGGGAUAAUUAAAUUUUCUAUAAUGAUUUCUUUGUUUACAAUAUGUUCCACACUAUUCCUCCUCUGUUGCUUUUUUAAAUGAUUUUAAAAAUAAUUGAGAUUUGAGGAGAAGUUAACAAAUACUUGUGGAAAAUCAGUUAUUAUUUGAACACUUAUUUAUUUGGUAUAAUAUCUUGGAUGGUGUAAUCAAUUAAUCAUAAUCAGUAGUCAAGUAAUCAACAGUUAUCAGUAACCAAAGUCAUUUUCAAUUACAUGUAAUUUAAUAAUUUUCAAACCUAGAUUUCGUUGUAAUCAUUGAUUUUGAUUUUUAUUACUCUCUAAAGGCUGGUAAAUGACUUAGAAUAGUUUUCUACUUGUGCUUAAACAAGACAAAUGAAGAAAAUUCUUGACAUAACAAUGAACAUUUUGAAGUAUUGCAUCUUUGCAGCAAGGUGAAAAAAACUGUUAACAGAUAUCUUUGUAACUUUAGGCUAAUUUUGUGUCUCUCUUAUUUUUGUCUCAUCUUAUUUU